GUGACCCAGCCUCUUUUUUCGCGAGCUCCCCACAUGAGCGCUGUUCGGUGUUUCAGCUGUUGGAGGCACCUUUGGCAACCUGAGGUUUCGAAGAAACCGAAGCAGCAGCUUCCACCGGCGAAUGGUGUGAUCUCUAGAAGCCUGAAAGGUCAAAAUGACCCCAGCCCUGGCUUGCGCGGGUGGAGUGAUGGGGAGCCUUGGCUCUUCCGCCUUCGAGCUGUCGAGUACAUGAAGACCCGACGAAAGGCACGGACCAGCGAGGCUCUCUACCGAUGCAUUGGCGUGGAGGUCUUGGAGGCCCCAUGCCAGCUUGGAAGCUGCCUUCAAGGCCUUUAUCCUGAGACAAGCUGCUCGGGAGCUCUUCCGAAGGUGAUCGUGAUCCAUUUCCAGCUGCCCUUCCAGCCGGGUCCAAUCUACGGCAGUCACCCAGAAGAUUCAGGCUGCAGUGUUCUCAUCCUUUUCCAACUCAAGGAACCCGUGGUGGAGUCGCCGGCGGUGCUUCUCUUGCAGCGCUUCGUGGCGGAUGCGCAUCCGAAACGCGAAGGCUUCGGCGUCAGCGGCGCUCUGAAGGUGGUGGGCCUUCUGGAGAAUUUGGAUGACUUGAACAUCCCGUCUGCGGUGAGG